GCCGAUGGUCCUUGUGAUGGAUGGUACGUUAAUUAUUUCCUCACUUUCAGUUUACCCCAAGCCCGAGGCAACGGCAUUCAACGCUUGAUGUCAACGCUCCAUUCAGACAACACUUUUUUACUCAAUUUGAUCUUUACCUAUCUCUCGUGGUUUGAAACCCUAAUCGUCAAGCGUCCGUUAUCGCAAGUGACCAUGCGUUCCUUCACCCCCUCGCGCCCUGCGGAAGUCGAACGAAGCCUUAGUGGUGGGAUUGAGGAGAAGAAGUUGGGGAUCUGUUCAAAGAUGAAUAGGUCACGGGCUUUGAAUAGCUGGGAUAGAGGAAUCAUUCCGGAUAUCCUUCGACUAGAUACACAUGUGUAUACACUGUAUCUAGUGACCGCGAGCGAUUUUGUCAGCGUACUCCUCCCACAAACGAUGUUUUCUAUCUUUGCCUGCAUGUCGACCCAUUUUACAACAGACCACAAGGGGCUUUCGGUUGUCGAUUUCCUCCCUCGCCUGCAUCUCGUCGUUGCUUGGAUCUGGCUCCAAUUAUUGGUUCUGGAUCUCGCAAACCAACGACUCCCCGAUUCAGUUGCCGAAGACGAAAUCAACAAACCAUGGCGGCCGAUUCCUUCGAAACGUUUAAGCAGAGAUGGGGCCCGACAACUGCUGGUGGUCAGCAUCGUGCUCACGUUGGGAUUCUCCACCUACACGAGCAGCAUCCCCCAUACUCUUGUUUUGUUCUUGUUGAACUGGUUGUACAACGAUUUGGGUCUGGCAAAUGACCACUGGGUAUUGCGCAAUCUCCUUAAUGCACUUGGCAUCACAUCCAUUGGAGCUGGUGCUACGCAAGUUGCAUUCGGUCCAGACUAUGGCAUUGAUGCCAAGGCGUUGCAUAAAUGGUGGCUGUUGUGUGCCGGCAUGAUCUUAACAACAAUCCAUGGCCAGGAUUUGUAUGAUCAGGAGGGUGACGCGAAACGAUGCAGAAAAACGGCACCGUUGGUCCUUGGUGACAAUGUUGCCCGCUGGACCAUUCUCGUUCCAGUAUUGGCGUGGAGUGGAAUCAUGCCAGCCUCGUUAGGCAUGAGACCCUCGACAGAGUUGAUAGGAUGCGUGUUACCGAUUCUCUUUGGCUGCCUCGUUUCGUCCCGCCUCUUAUUCUGGCGUACCGUACAAGCCGACAAGACAACGUUCAAAUGCUGGGCUACGUGGAGUGUUUGUCUGUAUGCGCUCCCACUGUUUAAGAGCAUGGAAUAGAUGCAUGAUCAAUGUGGAGAAGGUCUUGUUAGUAUUUGGAUAAAACCUUCGGUUACAUUUGCUAUCACAAUCUGUCUUCCUAACGACUUGUAUUCUUGUCUCUUUCGCGUUCAAAUGUGCAAGGCUCAAAAUCAAGAGGCGAGGGCGGCAGGACACGACGAAGAGAAAAAUACGGAAGAGGGUUUUAAAAAGAGGAACAAGGAGGAAAUAACAAUUUGGAUAGAAAAUAGAUGGGGAACGAAAAUAGAAACGAAGAUUGGAUAGAUG